AUAUUGCACCAGAACACCAAGGAUAACAACUCCAGAUUGCUGUAAGAAAGAUGGCAACUUUCUUUCGUUCUCCGCCUGUUGUCUCUCAUCCUGUAGUUAGAACUCAGCAUUUAUCUUCAUCAUCACAACCUCCGCCACCACUUCCGCCUUCUCAGCCACCGUUGCAACAGCCGCCCCUUAUUAAGACUUCACAAGAGCUGCAGCCGCCAUUGCCGGUGGCUUCAGCACAAGGUGGUAAGGCCAGGAGUACAAGUGCUGAUUCGACUGAUUGGAUAGCUUCGAGCUUGACAAGAAGGUUUGGUCUUGGUGCUGGGCUCGCUUGGGCAGGUUUUCUAGCAUUCGGUGUUGUUUCUGAACAAAUCAAGACCCGUUUGGAAGUCAAUCAGCAAGAAGCAAAUACAAGAGAUGUAGAGAUGGAAGAGGAGGUGGUGUUACCUAAUGGCAUAAGGUACUAUGAGAUGAGAGUGGGUGGUGGUGCUACACCAAGGAAAGGGGAUUUGGUGGUGAUAGAUAUCAAAGGAAAUGUGGAAGAUGGUGUAUUUGUGGACACUUUUGGUAAGGACAAGAAACCCUUGGCUUUGGUGGUUGGGUCAAGGCCUUAUAGCAAGGGAAUGUGUGAAGGGAUUGAGAUGGUUCUAAAAUCCAUGAAGAAUGGUGGAAAACGAAGAGUCAUAGUUCCUCCUGCUCUCGGCUUUGGAGACGAGGGUGUGGAUUUUGGUACUGGCAUUAAGAUUCCUCCUUCUGCGACGCUUGAGUAUAUUCUCGAGGUCGAAAAGGUUUCAAUUGCACCAUCUUGAUUUUAUGCAUGGAGCCAUUGUUUGUAUUUGGGUUUAUUUGGUGUCGUGGUAUGACACUGCUCGAUCUCGAAACUCCAAAAGAAGCAUGUACUUUCCAGCAUUCUUCUUGAUCCGAAGCUUCAAAAAAUAUAUAAUACAAAAAGAACAUUUUAAAUGAA